AUGAUCCUCCGGCUGCUGAUGCGCUACCUGGCCAACAAUGAGCAACUCAUUCAGCGUCUCUCCGAAAGCUAUCCCAUCCGUCGUGCUGCCCAGUUGACCCUCUAUGCCUUCUACAGGUCCAAAAUGCUGGCUGAGCAGAAUCACUGGACUCCUGAACGUUUCCGGGCCUUCUUCCGAAACUUCAACAGUAACUUCCGCGAGGAACUGGAGAGCGCCAAGAAAGAGAUGAAGAAUCGCAAAUAAACAUUUUCUAUAAAAUAAAUUUUUAUUUUAGAAAUUUCA